AUGAAUUCUUACAACAAAAUUGAUUCUUCUAUCCAACACUAUGCUAAUUUGAUGAUGGGGGUACCUUUAGUUACGCAGUUUAAGGGAAUCCUUUCGAAUGCUUAAAUGAAUAUAUUUUUUUAAAGUUUUCUUUUUUUUUUACUCUUCAAAAUAGGAAUGAAACAAUACUCUUGCUCAGCCUUAUACAUUGGUGUUGAUGGCGAAAGUCAACAAGUUACCAUUAUCUCAAAUUCUGGCUCUUUGCUAAUAAAAACUGUUCCAAACGACUAAUAGAUGGUGUAUUUGCCAGCUGGUUCGAUGGACACAAUACUGUACUUUGGUAAAGAAAUCACUGAAAAUCAAGAGAUGAGUACACUGGACCUGGAGAAUCCUGAAACACAAAUUAAAGUGUCUUUUCUGUUGAGUUAAAAGGAUAGUUAAGAACUUUAAAACCAAUUGAGAGGAAAGCAAGUGUUCUAUCGUUCUUCAAAUCCUCGAAUAUUGGCUUAAAUAGCCCCAGGAAUCUAACUGAUUCAAACACAAGACAAAGUAAUGAUCGAAAAAAUAGCCACCUUCCCAAAAACUAUGCAAGAUUCUGCCUCUAUUAGCCGACUUGGUUAAUUGAAGCAAGAAGCUGAUAUCCUCUCCCUAUUGAAAGAGCAUGAACAUUAAAAUAUAAUUAAAUUGGAAGAAAUCGUGACCGACAAUGAAUAUGUGUCUAUCAUUUUGGAGAAUUGCUAAGGAGGAGAUCUCUUAAAAUUACUGAAUAAGAAAACUAAUAAAAUAGAUAUUCCUCUGGUUAUGGUAAACUUACUUUAAGGUUUAAAACACCUUCAUGAUCUAAACAUCGUCCAUCGAGAUAUCAAGCUUCAAAACAUAUUGUUUUUAGAUACUUAAGAUGGCAAUACUUUAAAAAUUGCUGAUUUCGGUCUCUCCUGCUUGAAAUAAUAAAUUCCGUAUUACAACCCAAGAUGUGGAACUCCUGGAUACACUGCUCCAGAAGUAUUUGCUCAACAAUGCAUAUACGACGAAAAAGUAGACAUUUAUAGUGCUGGAAUCAUUCUAUAUAAUAUGUUAACUCUUAAAAACCCUUUCGGUAAUUCAAAAAACAUGCAAGACAUCAUCAAAAGAAAUAUAAGUGGACUCUACGAUGAAAAUCACUUGGCUAGUGUUAAAAUAAACAAUCCACUCGGAUAUGAUCUACUUAUUAAGAUGCUUUAGAAGGAUGCUCGUAACCGUCCUAGUGCUAGAGAAUGUUUAGCACAUCCCUUCUUAAAUUAAGAAAAUAUAAUAAUUGAGGAUGAUGAAAAUUCGAUAAAAAAUCAGUCAUAGAAGGGAAUCCAAACAACAAAACGAGUAAAGAUUUGAAUUUGUGAAUACUAUCAAUUAUUCUCUUAAAAUUUCUUAGGAUCUGACUUA